UUCUGUUUUGAUUUUUGUUGAAAAGUUGACUUGACAUCGGAGUUGAAGACUGCAACACAGCGUUAGGAUACAGUUUACAACGUUUUAAUAUAUAAUUCAUUAAUCAAGAAAUCAUGGGCGACCGAUACAACAUUCACAGUCAGCUGGAGCAUUUGCAAAGCAAAUAUAUCGGCACUGGGCACGCGGACACAAACAAGUACGAAUGGCUAACCAAUCAGCACCGAGAUUCGCUUGCCAGCUAUUUGGGACAUUACGAUAUGUUGAGUUAUUUCGCUGUUGCAGAGAACGAAUCGAAAGCGAGGAUAAGAUUUAAUAUAAUGGAAAAAAUGGUACAACCGUGUGGACCGCCACCCGAGAAGCCGGAAGAAUAAUUGUGAAGAAAUAAACUUAACACAUCGUCAAAAAUAA